UUCUCCUCUCAUCCUCCUCUAAAUGUCGCCUCUUUCCUCCCCCUGCCGAACCUCCUACUCUCUUCUCUCUUUCUUGCCGCUCCACUCACUCCGCGUACCUUCGACACCCUUACUCUGUACAUCAAUAAAAUCCAUUUGGCACAUGAUUAUGCUCAGCCACAAAAUGGGAUGGAGGUGCUAUUUUUAGCCAGCUAAGGGAGGAGAGGGAGGCAAUGGGAGCGAGAGAGAGAGAAAGGGGGUGGGAUAAAAGCGUUCUUUUUGUUCUGUAGCUGUAUGUCGGUCGGAGACACAGAGCUCUGUGGCAGCUUGGCUAGAGACAGCGAGAGGGGUGAGAGGCAACGAAGACGAGCAAACGACACCACCUGAAACACAAAUAAGACACAGGCAUGCGACCCCGCUCCAGACUCCUGGCUAAGAGGUGGCUGCCCACCAUCAGGGAGGGCUAUGAGGAGCUGGUCCAGGACAUGAACCAGGCCAACAGCCGCCACCUCCCUCCCCAUGGUCAGGCCCACUCACUGUCUACCCAUGACUACUUCCUGUCCAUCUGCCAGCUCGCCCGACCAACCUUCCCCCAGGGCGAACCUGACUGUGACAUCCUCACGGUGGGCGCUCUGACCUCCCUGAGGCCUUGUCUGAGGCUGCAUAGACUGAGGGACCCUGUGCCACCCUGUCUGCCUCUGAUCUCUAAGGUCAGCCGCCACACACAGUUAGAGCAGGAGGAGAGUCAGAAUGAGUGUAGUGGCCCAGAGAGAGUGGUGGAUGUCAGUUCACGUCAGACCUCCAGUAGGGUUGUCCCCAGUGUCUCUGACCCCCUGGAGUUCCUCUACGGUCACAGGGAAGGACUCCUCUCAGCCGCCUGUCGCGCCCAUGACUCACAGGGCCGCAUGGGCGAAGGGAGUCAGAGUGUGGCGCAGAGUCAACCACAACCCCCUGUACAUGCCGAUAGUUUCCCCCGCAUGUGUUCCUCGCCGCUGACCCAGCGCAAAAACAGCUGCCGUGAGCUAUGGCUGGUGGACCCCACUGACCAAAAGAAGCCUGACCCUGACCCUGCUCCACCAGAGACAUCCUCAUCAGACCAGCAGAAACCUGAUGCCUCCAGCUCAUUCUCAUGGAGGUUCCAGAACAACCCAGACAGGGCGCCUGCAGGUGAGAGGGGGAAGUGCACUCGCUACAUGGACCAUCACACAAUGGUGUCACACUGGAUCGCUGACUGUCGCUCGGCCUGGAGAGAAGCCAGAAUCAGGGCGUGCAUGCUUCCGGCAAUCGCAGAGAUGUAAACUUGUGUAGCUUUGUUAAUCCCCACUCUUAAGUAUUGUACAUUAUGGAUCCUUGAUGUACUAUGUACUGCUUAACUGGUACAUUUGGACAAUGCAGGUCCAUACGGUAACAUGUAGAAAUUGCGUUUUCAUGCCUGACCUUUUUGUACAGCAUGUAGUGUAAGACAUAUUGUAGGCUAGCGUAUGCCUCACACAUAUCACAGUGAGUGGAAUGUUGACAGUGCUUAGAAGACAUCAGUAUUAGGGUAGCCUCGUAAAGUUGAACAAGACAGGAUUUUGGAAGGAUGAUGACGUGAGACAAGUGUUCGGGGGGAAUAAAGAUGUGUGGAAAAGGAUUAUGCACAAAGACAUAUGACUAAGAAAAAUGACAGAUCAUAAUCUUUACUAUGGAGUGAGUGAUAUCUCACUCCAUUAUUGACAAAUGAUAACUCUGGUCAAAGAAAACAUUCUACUCGUCAUAACAAUGGGAAUGGUACAGCUUUAGAAUCAGAACGGAGUGAUCCUAUAGCUAGUUCAGGCUCCCUGUAGGAGAGCAUUCAAACUCAGAUUAUUCUCAGUGGUUCUGAAAAUGUCUCUUGCGAUUUCCUCUCUCAUGUAUGAUAAGAGUUAUGCAAUGACAAUGCAGAUCGGUGGAAAACUGAUGAGUCUAUUUAAAACUUCCACUAAGUAAAGCCAUGAUGAAACUGUACAUCAUAUUCACACUGAGUGAAACAGCAUGUGACAUUGUAGUAUAUUAUUUUUUGAUUGUGUUUAAUGGCCCUCCAUGACAGUACAAUGAACUCUGUGUCAAAAUAUACAAAUGGAAAGACAACAGUAUAAUUGACUUGUAAAAGGUUGACAAUACAAUCAUUUGAUCUUGUAUGGUGUGGCUUUUGUACCUCUGUCCAUUGUUGGCUCGUGAUCUAAUAAAAUGAUGUGUUUUA